AUGGAGACAGCCUCCACUACAGCAGAAGCUGAAUUAUCUCCUACCCAUCCCAUCAGACUUGGUUUGGCCUUGAACUACUCAGUCUUCUAUUAUGAAAUUAUGAACGCUCCUGAAAGGGCAUGUCACCUUGCAAAGCAGGCUUUUGAUGAAGCUAUUGCAGAAUUGGAUACAUUGAGUGAGGAAUCUUACAAAGACAGCACAUUGAUUAUGCAGCUAUUAAGAGACAAUCUCACUUUGUGGACUUCUGAAAUGCCAGAGGCACAGGAUGGAGUGGAAGAGGCCCAGAAGAUGGACAUCUCUCAAUCUGCUGAAGGCCAAGAGUGAAAAAACAGAGUUCUUUUGUGUCCUCGGUGAACCAGCUAGUGACUUGGUACCUGUAGCAUGAUAACAAAGAAGUUGUACUGCCUCCAUAACUCUUAAGAUGUUCUUGCUUAGUUUUCAAGAGACAACAUUCAAGUACUCUUGUUCGUAUUUCUGUUAUGUGGGUUUCAUCUGUGAGAUAAUAUUUUGAUUUUUGGAUUGCCA